AUGUUUGUCUUUUUACCCUUCAUUUUGACCUUGGGUGCAACUGCUCCAAUCGUUACCAACACCGUCAUAGUUACUCAAACUAAUGGAGUAGAUCAGAACUUGCCAACUGCUCAGGCACUAAGUGUACAAAUAACCGCAUCAUUAGUGCAAAAUGCUCAAGUUGACUCCAUUCAAACUGCUAGUACCAGUGGUUCCAAUUUUUUGCAAGAGAUUGCUCAACUUUUCGGUUUUGGAUCGGCUUCUUCCACUUCGUCAGCCGUGGCGACUACAGCACCUGCUGCUAACACAGCAUCACCAGUUGCUCCCACCACCACCACAUCGCUAGCUGCACCAACGACAACAGCACUGGCUAUUGGAUCACUUUCACCACUGCCAUCAUCUGUAUCUGCUCAGCUGACUUCUGGAGUACCAAUAUCAUCAGAAACUUCACCUACGCAGUCAUAUUCGGCAUCUUCUGCAUUAGAAUCAUCCCAAUCUUCUGAUUUUGAUCUUGAUGAAGCUGUACCUUCCACACCACAAUCAGGCAACGCAUAUUUGAUAACGGUCAACAAGCUUUGGCAAAGGUUCUGGGGAAACGGGAAAUGGAACCAAGAGGAUAGCAUUUGUCAGGAUAAUUCCUUUGAAACGCCAUCAGUGUGGGAUAUGGCAGUCUUGGGCAAAGCCAUAGCUGAUUCGGGCGACAGUAAUGGGCUCGAGACUACCAUAUCGCGGAUCUUGGAAUACUACGAUUCAACUACUGGUGCGUUUUCAUCGACUCCUAAUUCUCCUCUGGAUAUCUACAGUGAUGACAAUGCUCAACUAUCAUGGGUGUUCAUUGCUGCAUACAAAAUGACCAAUAACCAGCAGUACUUGAAGUAUGCCGAGGGUAUUGUGGACUUUUUAAAGACGCAAAAUUAUCAGAAUACUGGCGGGAUCAUUUGGCAAAAGGACAAGUCUUAUAUUGCAUCGAUUUCUACCACUGAAGCUGCUUUAAGUGCAAUGAGACUCUACGAGGUUAAUGGUGACGACUCCUUGGUUGAGUUUGCCCAGAGUUGCAUGAACUUUAUGUCGAAAUACUUGCAGGAUAGCGACUCUUUAUUCUACGAUGGGUUGGACUCCAGUUCCUGGUCGAUCAACAAGGGGAAAUUGACCUACACCGUUGGAUGUGCAAUCAGCGCUUUGGUCAAGAUUGGUACACAAGAUGCUUUGGAAAAGGCUUUGGAUCUUGCCACCGCUGCAACUAACCAAGACGGUGCAUUUUAUACCUCACAAAAGGUCUGGAACAACAGUCUCAAGUAUGUUCAUUUAUUGUUUGUUGGGUUUGGUGACGCUUUUGGUACUGGUAAAUUUGACAAGUUCAAAGACGAAGUAACAAAGCAAGGAAAUUACAUUUACGAAUUCUUGCAGGAUCCCGAUGAUUCAAACCUUUAUUUCGACCUGGCCACCAGUGGAACACCAGACACUUAUGCUAAAUACGCCAAGGUUUUCUCUACCUCAGGAUCUACAUACAAACCCAAUGAGGGUCUUUAUUGCAGCGGUAGCUCGUCGGGUCCAGCACCAAAAGAUUUGUUGAUAAAUGCCAGUGCCGUUAUGAACUACGUCACAUUCUUGCAAAACAAAUUUAGCAUCUACAACUCGAAAAAAGUGGACGAGUUUGUUUCCGGGAGUAGGUCGGUUGGAUUCGGGUUGCUUCUCAGCGGGAUUCUUUCCAACUGGACUUGGAGCUUGACAUUGUUGGAGUCGGCGGUAAAGAGCUAUGAUAUUGGAAUCAGUGGCAGUUAUUGGUACGCCAUUGGUGGGUUAAUGCAAGUCAGUGUCUUUUCGGUUGUGUCAUCAAAGAUUAAAAAGAAUGCCAAUUUAGUAACCACGUUUCCUGAAAUGGGUUACUUCCGAUUCGGAAAAGCUGGCCAUUUAAGUUUUCUUUGGUGUGGCUUUGUGUGUAAUGCCAUUGUCAGUUCAUGUAUCUUGUUGGGGGGUUCGGCCGUGUUUAAUGCUGUAACUGGAAUAAGUCAGUAUGCUGCGUUGUUUUUAAUACCUUUUGGAUGUGCCAUCUAUGUUAGUUUCGGUGGGUUAAGGGCAACAUUUAUCUCUGAUGCUACCCACACAUGCAUUAUUUUGGUGUUUAUUAUUGUGUUUAUGUUUGAAGUCUACUUUGGCAGUGAUAAGAUUGGCUCGCCAAAGAAGAUGUGGGAAUUGCUUGAGUCGUUGCCUCCAGUUGACGACAAUUACCACGGUUCAUACUUGACAUUCAGGUCGAAGCAAGGAGCAAUUUUUUCAAUCGUGAGUAUUGUUACUGGGUUUGGUCUUGUUGUUAAUGACCAAGCUUAUUUAUCGAGGGCGGUGGCAGCUGAUCCCAAAAUCACAUCAAGAGCUUACUUUUUUGCUUCGGUGUGUUGGUUCGUGAUACCCUUUGCCAUGGGUGCCGGUUUAGGAUUAGCGGGCAGGGCAUUGUCUGUGUACGAUGAUUCCCCCACGCUUUCCGAAUUUGAAGUUGGCGAAGGAUUAGCCCCAGUGGCUGCCGCUACGUACUUGAUGGGAAAAUCAGGCUCGGCAAUGAUUUUGGUGAUGAUCUUCUUCUCGGUGACUUCAUCAUUUGCUGGGGAAUUAAUCGGCACAUCGACUUUGAUUAGCUAUGACAUUUUCAAGCGGUACAUAAAACCGGAUGCGACACCAAAACAGGUUGUGAGAGCUGCCAAAAUCAGUGUUUUUGGAUGGGCUAUUUUCUCGUCAUGUUUAGCUUCGAUCUUCUACGGUGCUGCAAAGAUAAGUGCUGUGGGAGGAGCAGUUGGAGGUAUGUUUUUGGGCAUUAUUGCCUGGUUGGUCACAUGCAAGACGUACACAGGAGAAGUUAAUGUCACCAAUUUAUCAGAUCAGUGGGUUUCUUUUACUGGUAAUGUUACGGCUUUGUUUAUGGGUGGAUUCAUUUCCAUUGUAUCUUCCUUAAUCUGGCCAGCAAAAUUUGAUUUCGAACAGACUAGAAAUAGAACCAGUUUAAUAAAUAGGCAGAGCCACGAUGCAGCUCAAGGGUCUACAAAUGAAAAUGAAUAUGAAAAUGAAAAGGCAAGGGGUUUGAAACAAUCGCUGGUGGAAAUAACUCAGUCUUCUACAGAACUCUCCAAUAGUGAAGCACCCACUGAAGAGUUGGACAUGAAUUUGGAAACAGUCAUCGAUCAUAAGCAUUUAGACCAUCAAUUCAAAAAGUAUGGGAUAUUGGUUGCUAUACUUGCGCUAGUUAUGGCAAUUGUUAUUCCUGUUCCCUUGAGUGCUUCUGCUUAUAUCCUUAGUCCUAAUUUCCUUUUGGGUACGGUCAUCAUUAUCAUCAUCUGGUUGUUUUGUUCCUUCUUUUACGUAGUGGUGUUGCCGCUAGUUGAGGCUAGACAUAGUAUCUGGAACAUUUUGAAAUUGUUGGUUUCCAGGGGUAAAGCCCUUGAGAAGAUGUAUUAA